AUGUAUCAUUAUUUCCUGCUGACAGAGCCAUUAGAGCGUAAUGCUCUUUUGCUAUCCAAAGAUUACUGGAUGCAAGAUGACAGUGCCAGCCAUUGUUUUAAUUGCUCAAAAUCAUUCACAACUUUCAGGAGAAGACAUCAUUGUCGACUAUGCGGUCAAAUAUUUUGUAAUACCUGUGCUAUGCUUAUUCCCGGUGAAAGGUUCAAACAUGAUGGUGAUCUAAGAGUUUGUAAACUUUGUCUUUACAAUUAUGGUGACUCAAGCGAUGAUGAUGAUGAAGGUGACAACGAUAAUCACAAUGAUAAUGAAGGUGAUACUGAGGGUGAUAAUGAUGAGUCUCGGUCUGUUACCAAUAUUUCAUCCACAAGUAAUUGCAACGUACGAGAAAGUUCAUUGGAGUCUCUUGAAAGUGAAGACAGCUUACAGACCUUCGAUGAAAAUGUUUUCAACACUGAAAGACACCCAAAGAGAGUACCAUCUUUUUCUUUUGAAUCACGACACGAAUUCAAAAAAUUGAAUGAGCCUCACGUAUCAAUCUCCAGAAACCAUGAUGAACUUACCUAUUCCAAAAAGCGACUAUCAAAAAGAAGCCGAAAUAACCUUUCCAAACCUAAUGCACCAGAAGACGCUAAGUCAACGAGGUCAUCUUCACAUAAACUAUCUACUUACCCUAGCUCAGGAAAUUUGAAACACAAUAACAAUUUUGAUGAACUCAAUAAUGCUAAUGCUCAAUCGAUAGCUGAUACCGAAAAAAUUUAUAGAGAAUUGAAUCAACUUAGCAAAUAUCAUCUUUCCAGAUUUUUGCACCAAACACUUGAUCUGUUUAAUGUGAAAAGAAAAAAUACCUGGACCAAGGCUUUAAUUAAUUUGAUCAGCGAAAUACCGGUCAUAGAUUUGCAACAGACCAAGGAUAUUAGGCUUGACAUCACCGAUUUUAUUAAUUUCAAAGAGAUUUUGGGUAGUGGCCCAGAGAGUAGUUUUUAUAUUAAUGGAUUUGUGUUCACAAAGAAUGUCGCAAUCAAUUCAAUGAGGACAAAGAUUAGAAACCCUAAUAUUAUCAUCAUCAAAUUCCCGAUCGAAUAUUCUCAAUCUACUAACCAAUUUAUGAGUUUUGAACAAAUUUUGCCCCAGGAAAAAGAGUUUUUAGAUAAAUUAGUGAAAAGAAUUGUUUCUAUAAAACCGAAACCUGAUUUACUCAUUGCUGGUGCCAAUGUGAGUGGUUACGCUUUAGAAUUAUUGGGAGAUGCAGGCAUCACCGUUCUUCUAAACGUUAAACAUCACGUAAUAACACAUCUAGCAAGGUUGACACUGGCAGAUAUUAUAACAUCAGUGGAAAAGUUGACAUUCAGUCCCAAGUUGGGCCAUUGCGGCAAUUUUGAAAUCAAAGUCUAUCCUUUCAAAAACUUGAAGAAAAGCUUUGCUUUUUUCAAUGAGUGUCCAGUAAAUUUGGGCGGGACCGCAAUAAUCAGGGACAACGAUGCUCAAAACUUGAAAAAGGUCAAAAGUAUUGCGGAAUUUAUCAUAUAUUGCAUGUUUCAUUUAAAAUUGGAAACCCAUUAUUUCAGGGACACAUUUGUUUCCAUGAACAAACAAAUAUUACUUGAUGAUUUGAAAGAAAAACGUCAAAGCAUUUUGAAAAAUGUUGGUGGUUAUUUCUGGGAGUUUCUUGUCAACUUCAAUAAAUCUUUGUAUUCUAUUUCCCCAUCAGUUAUCAUCCCUAUGCCAUAUUUAUUGGACCAGGCAAGAAUUUUUCAGAAGCAUUUGGAUGUGCUUCAAUCUAAAUAUUCCAUUAAUAAUUUAUCAAUUGAUGAUUGCAAAGAAAUCAUUAAUAAUUCCAAUGUCAGAAAAGAUUUCAAGUUUGAUGAUAACAAUUUACAUAAAGUGGCCAAAUUAAUUCUUCAAUAUAAACUUAAAACAUUGACUGGUCAAUUCAAAUCUUAUUCUAGACAAUGGGAUACCUUCUUCAACCACCAACCAAAUUUAUUGGAAGUUUCAACUCAUCAAAACAUUUGUUUUUCUUAUUCUACCACCUUAAGCAAAAAUGGGAACUAUUGUUUCUUUCCAAAAAUUCUUCAAAUUGAGUAUUAUCUCGACUACAAUGAUUCAACAUUGGGUCAAUAUGUGGAACACGAAAUCACACAGGCCAAUAGUCCAUGCCCAGAGAGUUGCGGAGGAAAGUUUAUUGAUCACUACAAAACGUAUACACAUGGUAAUGCUAAAUUGAUUGUUUCGAUAGAGAAAAUAGCAUGUCCAAUCCCUGGUUUGCAGCAUGUUAUAUUAAUGUGGAGUGUUUGCAAAAAAUGUGGUCACAAAACCCCAGUCAUACCCAUGAAUGAUACAACUUGGAAAUUUUCAUUUGGGAAAUUCUUGGAAUUAUCAUUUUUAUCUAUCCCAUUGACUGUAUCUUAUGAAGAAUGUGGCCAUGAUGCCCAGAGAGAUAGAGUCAAAUAUUUUGGAUUUUAUGAUAUGGCAAUUAAAGUUGAAUACGAAACCAUCGAUUUGUUUGAGUUGCAUUUGCCACUAAACAAAAUCCAAUGGAAGCCAGAUAGCAGUAUUAACCUUAAAACGGAACUCUAUGAUCAAGUGAUCGAAAAAACAAACAUCUUAUUUGACAGUAUCAUUGACCGGCUCCAAUCUGCAAAGCUUGAUACCACAAACCAAGAUAAACUUGAUUUUGCUAUGGAAAAAAUUGAGAGCCUUAUUAGUUUAGCCAUUGAGAAUAAGCACUCAACCAUGGACCAUAUUAAUGAAAUAUUCAAGAUCUCGGCUCCCACAGAUUAUAUUUCAAUGAAUGUUGUUUUGAAAAAUAUCCAAGAGUAUUGUAUUCAAUGGAAUGAAGAGUUUGCUGAAUUUGAAAAAAAUUUCCUACCAGAGCUUUCAAAAGUAUCAUCGCUACAAUUCCUCAAAUUCUUUGAUAAAGAAGCGGCACUGGUUGCUAACGCCGGUGAAAAAACCCAUGAAAACUUGCAAGAAGAGAAUUGUUUGGAAUGUGAAGAAAAAGAGCCAAAUGACCAAAUCGUUACGGAAGAAAAAAUUGAUAACCAGCAAGUUGUUGAAAUGGAAGAAGGCAAAGAAGUUGGAGAUGAUAACGGCGCCGGCGAAGCAAAGAUUCAACAUGAUGAAUCAACCGACAAUAACAAAGAAUAUGUAACUGCCAAAAUUCCACUAAAGCCCAAAUAUGUGAGUAAAGUAUCUAUGAUUCCGAAAUUGAAAUUGAAUAACACCAAAGUUAGAGAGAAGAUUUCGCAAAUGGAGGCAUUGAUUGCCAACGGAAAUCCCACAGAUAGUAUAGUUCUGUCUAGGUCACCGUCAAUUAAGAGUCCAACGUCAUUGACAGCUGACUCUCAAAGCCCAAUCAAAAAAGAUUUUGAGUCUUAUCAUCCAAAAGUGUCUAAAUUGAAAACAUACUUUGAUCAUAUGCAAAUGAAAUUCAACCAACAACUCGAGGAGCAAAGAAAAAUUGAAAGGAAAUUAUACGAAAGCAAAUUACGGUCCAUUCCAAAAAUUGAUUCUCAACAAACUGUAGAGAUUUUCAAGAAUGUCGAUGAUGCUUUCAAUGAUCAAGAAUUAAAAUACAAUGAAGACAAGAUCAAGGCCAAUCCAUUUACUGAUAUCGAGGAGAAUCAAGAAGAUUGUGCAAAUGAUAAUGAUGAUGAUAACAGUGUUCGUGAGGCUGCCGAGGUGCUCAAUUUGGACGUGAAUAAUGAAUCUGAAUCCAAGGAAAACUCCAAAGAAAUACCAACUGAUGAGAGAUCCAACUUCUUUGAAAAUUUGGAAUCCCUAAAUAUUCAAUUUUCUGGCGAAGAUGUAAAUAAGCCAUCGACUAAUAACGAUAAAGAUACUUGCAAUGAAGAUGAUACUAGUAACGAAGAUAAUAGUGGGAAUUCUGAAGUUACCAACAAUGGUAAUAACAAUUAUCAUAAAGCAAGCGUUGAAGAGAAAAAUUCAUUAUUUAUCAUGUUCAAGAAGUUGUUAGCCGAUAGAUCAGAAUUAUUUAAGCCAAUUGAAUCACCAUUGAGUCCAUCAGAACAUAUAUUUGUGGAAUCUGACGUGAUCAUUAGAGAUGACGAACCGGGAUCUGUCAUUGCAUUUGCCUUGAGUUCCAAAGACUAUUUACAAAAAGUCCAGAUGAUGAAACUUGAAAACUUAGUGUCUUUAAACAUUCCGAACCCUGAAUCCAUCAAAAUCACUGCUGGUAGUAAAUUGGAGGAUGAAUUAUUGCACAAUCAGAUGUUGAAGACCACGGCAAUCCAUUUGAAAUAUCAGUUUUUGGAUAACAAUGCAAUUUUGUCUUGUAAAGUUUUCUUUGUGGAACAAUUUGAAGCUUUUCGGGAGAAGUGUGGUUUGAAGUUUGAUUUCAUUCAAAGUUUAUCAAGAUGUGUCAAGUGGGAUUCUAGUGGUGGCAAAAGUGGCUCGGCAUUCCUUAAAACUUUAGAUGAUAGAUUGGUGAUCAAGCAGUUAUCAUAUUCUGAAUUGGAUUCUUUUGUGAAAAUGGCACCAAGUUAUUUUGAAUAUAUGGCCCAAGCUUUGUUUCACGACUUGCCUACUGCUCUAGGAAAAAUCUUUGGGUUUUAUCAGAUUGUUAUUAAGAAUCCUACCACCGGUAAAAACUUUAAGAUGGACGUCAUUAUAAUGGAGAAUCUUUUUUACAAUCGUAGGAACCUUAAGAUCUUUGAUUUGAAAGGGUCUAUGAGAAACAGGCAUGUUGAACAGACUGGAAAAGAGAAUGAGGUUUUAUUGGAUGAAAAUAUGGUGGAAUUAAUUUUUGAUUCUCCUUUGUUCAUGAGAAAUCAUAAUAAGAAGCAUCUUAGAGCGUGUUUAUGGAAUGAUACAUUGUUUUUAAGCAAAAUGAAUGUGAUGGAUUAUUCUUUGGUGAUUGGAAUUGAUUGGGAGAAAAACGAAAUUGUUGCAGGGUUGAUUGACUAUGUCAGAACCUUCACCUGGGAUAAGAAAUUGGAAAGCUGGGUAAAAGAAAAAGGUUUGGUUGGUGGGAUAAAAAGAAAGCCUACUGUUGUUACCCCAAAGCAGUACAAAUCAAGAUUUAGAGCUGCGAUGGAAAAGUAUGUUAUUCUCGUUCCUGAUUCAUGGCACAUCAAUACAAACCCGUGA